AUGCCAUUGGGCCAGACGAUUGCUGUCAUCGACAAGUCUGGCAAGGUCGUCAGCACGGGAAAGAACCUGUUUGGCGUCUUCCAGGAGGCCAAAAAUGCCUACCAGGAGCGUAAGGCCGUGAUCCAGUCCGAGCGCAAUGCAAAGAUCGCAGAGAUGCAGGCCUUGAAGGCGCUCGAGAACUAUCACAUCAACGAGAACUAUCGCAUUAACGAGGCCCCCCCGUCGGUUGCCUCCUCCCACCGCAGCCACCGCAGUCAUCGCAGCCAUCGGUCACAGCAACACCCACACAGCUCUGCGCGCAGUCGACAUCCCGUGUAUGAUCACGAUGUUCACACCGUUGUCUCGGAGGAUUACCCCCCGAGCCAGCGCCAGCCGACAGAGAUGGUUCGGCGCCACACCCACCACGACUUUACUGCGCAACAACCUGAGGUCUACGCCCGCCCGACGACGGCUCGAUCUAGAUCGGACGCUCACAUCGAUAUGGACCUUGCUUACGGCGAGUACCACCAACCCACCAGCGCAGAUGCCGGCGCCAUUGCUCUGAGGGAUGCCAGUGGAAAUCCCUCGCCUCAGAUUGAAGAUCCAGAACUGAAGGGCCUCGUGUCUCGCACCGAAUGGUUGCUUGAAGAGGCCCAUUGUGUUCACCACAGCGCUACACAGACCAUCGCCCACCUGCAGAAGAAUCCAGAAGCUAUGGCUGCAGUUGCGUUGACGCUGGCAGAAAUUAGCAAUGUAGCCAGCAAGCUAGCCCCAUCAGCCUUGGGGGCUUUCAAAGCCGCUGCGCCUGCUGUCUUCUCCCUUUUAGCGAGCCCUCAGUUCCUCAUCGCCGCCGGGGUCGGCAUCGGUGUCACCAUCGUAAUGUUUGGCGGCUACAAGAUCAUCAAGCAGAUGCAAGGCGCUACGAAAAUGAUCAACGGCGCCCCCGCCGCCCCCGCCCCUGCCCAGCAGCCACAAUACCCGCCGGAAAUGGCCGAGCCUCAGUGGCAGGAGGACCCCAACAUCAUGGAGGAGAUCCUCGAAAUCGAUCCAGAACAUUUGAGCUCCGUCGAAAUGUGGCGCCGUGGCGUGGCGGAUAUCGAAGCUGUCAGUUUGGGUACCUCGGUUGACGGCGAGUUCAUCACCCCGACGGCUGCGGCCAUGUCCGGUAUCGAUGUGACCACUGCACGGAUGACACGCGAUCCCCGGUUCCGUUUUGAUGAUGACGACGGGGUGUCCGACACACGAUCCCGGCGCUCACGUCGCUCGCGGACUUCGACUUCCAAGCCCCGGUCGCACUCUUCCUCUCGCGUCGAUCGAUCUGAGGCUCCUUCAAAAUCGCCCCCCUCGGGCAUAUUCUCGCGGAUCGGCUCCAAAGCAUCAUCAAAAGCUCCUUCCAAGGCAUCUGGGAGCGGCAAGCGACCCCAGGAAAAAGUCAAACGAUCCAGCCGACUGAAAAUGAUGUUCACUGCUUGA